AUGAAGGCAACAGAAAUAGUUCAAACCAUUGGGGCUAGAAAAGAAGGAAGUGAUAUGAUCAUAUGGAAAUCGAAUGACAAUGAAGAAUUCUCAACUUCAAGUGCUUGGGAUCUUGUAAGGGUGAGGAGUCCAGAGAUUCCUUGGAUGAAAUGGAUAGGGCAUAAAUCUCUACCAAAAAAAAUGGUGAGAUCAACAGGGAUUGCUCUAGUUUCACGUUGUGAUUGUUGUGAUAAGGAACAAGUGGAAACACUGGAUCAUGUGCUCAACUCUGGUGAUAUUGCUAAAACAGUUUGGAAAUGGGCCUCUUUGGCCUUGGGAGUGCACUACUUGGAGGCACAAUCAUGGUGGACAAGAGUUAAUCGAUGGGUGAGAUCAACAGGGAUUGCUCUAGUUUUACGUUGUGAUUGUUGUGAUAAGGAACAAGUGGAAACACUGGAUCAUGUGCUCAACUCUGGUGAUAUUGCUAAAGCAGUUUGGAAAUGGGCCUCCAUGGCCUUGGGAGUGCACUACUUGGAGGCACAAUCAUGGUGGACAAGAGUUAAUCGAUGGUUUACAUGUGCAAAAUAUGUUUCACAGCGUGAAAUCUUAAUUGGGCUAUUACCAAGUUUAAUAACAUGGAAGCUAUGGGGACGUCGAUGCAAGGCACGUAUGGAAGGGAAUCGAGAAUAUGCGGAGGAGCCGGGACGGCGGAAGACGGCGUAUUUCUUUAUAGCAAUGGAGGAAGAAAUGUCCAAUUCAAUCCGUCGCAUGUCUACUCGAAGUCGAAAGGUUGCCCCGAAAAUGGCUGCUGCCCUAGCCAGCAGUGAUAAUCGCACUCAGGCAAUGCUGGCUCGCCUUGAAGCUUUGGAAAAUGAUAAUGCUGGAAUGGAGAUGGUACAAAAUGAUGAAGACGAUGAAGCAUCCCUUGAUGAAGAUGAUCAAGUGUAUCAAAAGAAGCAAUCCAAAAGCACGAAACGUAAAACUCGUCAAGCUAAAGCUCUUGAAGAUGCUAAGAAGGCCCCGAGAACAUUCCUUGAGCUCUUAAACGAGGCAAACCUGGAGUCAUUGCCUCCUCAUGUGCCCUCCUACUUCAGAGCAGCUGUGGGACCUCCAAGCUCUGUCGCUCGACGCCAUUUUUGCACAUGUCUUAAAGUUUUGCCGAACUCAGGACGUGUCUCAGCAAAUAAAUCUUCGCUCAAUGACGAUGCCAAUGCCAUCCAGUCUUGGUGA